GUGUCAGAGUCACACUCCGCCCCCUUCCGUUGCUUCUCGGCUCGAGGUGAAGAUGGCCGCGCUCAGAGCUGCGGGACGCUGCACGGGCCGGCUCCUUCUACAGGCGCCGGGCGGGGGGCUCACGACCCCCAAGGCCGGCAUGUCCUUCGCGAGCCUUUCCCGUGGAAAAAAGGUGGCAUUGUCCACGAUCGGCGUGGUGGCGGCCGGCGGACUGGGGCUUGCGCUGGCUCUACACCACACCAUCAAGGCCGAAGAGCUGGAGCUGCAUGCGCCCAAGUACCCGUGGAACCACAACGGCCCUCUUUCCGCGCUCGACCAAGCCAGUGUGCGCAGGGGAUACUAUGUGUACAAACAGGUGUGCGCGGCAUGCCACAGCAUGGACUACGUAGCCUUCCGUAACCUGGUGAACGUGACACAUACGGAAAAAGAGGCCAAGGCACUUGCUGAGGAGUUUGAGGUGGUCGAUGGGCCGGAUGACAAUGGCGAGAUGUUUACAAGACCAGGAAAACUAUCGGACUACUUUCCCAAGCCCUACGCCAAUGAGCAAGCAGCUCGCGCUGCCAACAAUGGAGCUCUACCACCCGACCUCAGCCUCAUCGUCAAUGCUCGCCACGGAGGAGAAGAUUACGUGUUCUCACUGCUGACCGGAUACUGCGAGCCUCCAGCUGGUGUGACCAUACGCGAGGGCAUGCAUUUCAACCCAUACUUCCCUGGACAAGCUAUCAGCAUGGCUCCACCUCUUUACAAUGAAAUUUUGGAAUAUGAAGAUGGGACACCAGCUAGCAUGAGCCAGGUAGCAAAGGAUGUGUGCACCUUCCUGCGCUGGGCGGCUGAACCGGAGCAUGACACUCGCAAGCGCAUGGGCCUGAAGCUCAUGAUGCUGAUGAGCAUCGUAUUGCCUUUGUUCUACUACAUGAAGCGCAUUCGAUGGUCCGUACUCAAGUCGAGGAAGAUUGCGUACAAGCCACCCCAGUAGAGACCGGUGCCAGUUGGUGGACAGGCUCUCAGGCGGCAGAAAGCCUUAUGGCAUGCAAUUCACCUAAACUUGUAUAAAAAUAUAAACGGAAAUGACAAGUGGAUUAUUGGCAAAACACGCUAACAUUGAUCAGCCUGCUAUGAGUGAUGUGCAUUGUGCUGUUCAUACUUUCUGCAUCAUUUCCGCCUCGCGCAAUAACUCGGUUCCUCUUCUUCAGCCAUGGACUAUGGCUGGAGCUGAAUAAACAUAAUCUUAUGUAGA